AUGGAGGGUUCUGCUGAAGGAUUUUCAUCAUCAAACACUCCCAGAUCUCCUCUAGUUCCAAAAUCAUCACGUUCAGGCUCAGGAGAAAACAAUGAGAACGAUGCAAGUCAAGACCAAAUGAUCUCCAAGUUGCAUAAUCCUAAGAAACCAGUAGCAAAAGCUGCAAAACGUUUUAUGUCACCCACUAUAUCAGCAUCUUCAAAGGUUGCGGUUCCAAGAAAGAAAAUUUUGGCUGAGAGGAAUGAAAAUUCAAGCUUUUCCGACACCCAAAUUUGGAAAGCUCCAGAUGUGGAUAUGAAAAAUGGUAUUGGCCACUAUGAUCUAUCCCCAUCUUGGUUUAUUCCAUCUAAAAAUUGUGGCCGUGUGUCAAAUGAUGAUGAUGUUGUUGCUGAUUCGUCUUUGAAGCCUUGUGACCCUUUGACGAAUUACCUCUCCCAGAGGCCUAAGUAUCUGCGGUAUGAUCCGAACAAACGACGUAUGAUCUUUCACCGCAAAGUAAGUGAGAACAGAGAGGGAAAAGAUGGUACAGGAAUUGGGGAAGAGGAAUCUUCAGCAGAUGCUCAAAAUUCCUUAGUUCAUGCUCAAGAAAACCUAGAGGAAGUAGAUGAGAAUACCGAUGAUGAUGAUGAUGUGGAGGAGGACGAGGAAGAGGAGGACAAAGAAGGUGGGGAGUAUGAGGAAAGAGGAUGGAGUUUGAGAGGAGUACUGAAAUUUCUUCUGACAUUUUAUGUCUGUUUUCUGUCAAAGACAUACAUAUAUUCUACGAACUCUUCUACACCGUCACCAAUUCAACAAGCCAUUUUGGGUUUCAAAGAUGACUAUUCUAUGAUUCAGAAGCAAAUACGUGAUGCCGCAUAUAUGGAAGUGUAUGGAGGUGGUUUCUUGCAAGUGGAAGAGAGAGAGAGUGGACUCGAGGUCCAUAACAUACAAGUGGAUGAUUUGGAAGCUGUGGACAGUAGUGAUGCAGAAAUGGUUGAAGAAGACGAGUUGGAUAUGGAGGAUAGGAAUACCGAAACUGCUGAAUCUCACUUUGAUUAUGAAGUGAGCAAGAAUAGUGAACCUUAUAAUGUACAAAUGGUUGAAGCCGAUAAUGUGGAAAAGGAGAAGGUCAAGACUAGUGAGGUAGAAUUGGUCAAAGUCGAUAAUGUGGAAAGAAUUGAUAGUGAGGCAGAAAUGGUUGGAAAUGACAAGUCGAAUAUGAAGGAUAGUAAUAUGGAGGCUGUUAAAUAUGACUGUGAUAAUGAGGUGGUUAAGACUGUUGAAUUUUCUGAAGGGAAAACUGCUCCAAAUGACGAUGCUGGUAGCUAUGAAUUGGUGACAGAAGUUGAGGGUUCUGACCAGUUGAAGAAGCGUGGCUCAUUCCACGAAGACCAGUCGCCACUGAAUACUGAAGGGGUGAAUCAGCCUGGUAUGGAACUUCAAGAAUCACAUGAGAUGCCUGUCAACUUGGUCGAUGAAGUUGAUGAAGAAUUUGAUUAUGGCGGUGAAACAGAGAAAGUUGGAUCUAAUAUCCUAGUUGUUGCUGGAGUUUCUACUAUCUCCAUAAUAUUGGCAUAA